UUAAUGUCAACAAAAACAAACCACAUGCGCGUGUUGUGACAUUUGAACCCGAAAGUUUGGUGUACCAUUAUCAAGUGUGAGAGAUUGAAAUCGGUUGAUUUAUCCCCAAAAUGGCAGCAAUGCAGCUUUCCUCAAGAUUUGGUGUUCUUCGAGUCGAUGAUUCACCAGACCUGGAUUCGGACGAAGACAUGGCUGCGCAACGGAGGAAAGAGAAAGAAAUGAAAGCAGCUGCAGCUGUGGAAGCCGCGAAGAAAAAGGCCAAGAAGAAGAAGAAGGCUCAGCAGCAGAGCAAUACGAAAAAUGAGCUACGGGAGAUGGCUUUCACCAAGAUUGCUAGCGUUCCCAAGGUGGCUCUAGCAUCGAGUCCUCCAGCCAACAAGCCGGUUGUCGUUCAUCCCGAUGUCUUGAAGAUCGGAUCUCCUCCGGAGGGGAGUAAGGACUGGGAGCAUUGGCACAGUAAAGACCAGGAGUUUGUUGAUGGGCAGUACCAGAAAGACAUUCAGAGAGCCAUACUUCAAAGCAAGCUUGAAUUUGAGAGAAGGGAAAAGUUCUUGCAAGAAGUCGGGCCUGCAGGGGUGGUGGUGGAAGAAGAAUCACCCAAGCUGGCUGCGAUGAAUCGGAAAGAGAGAAGAAAGCACUUACAAGGCAAAGAAAAACCGCAGCCCAUGUCCUUGCAGGAGUUCCACCAAGAAGCAACGAAAGGAGGCGGCGACGUUGGUCUAGAUGAAAUAGAGCUACCUCCGCCUCCUCCUGAAGAAAAGGAAAUCUACACCAGUGUCAAAGAAGAGAUCAACAGAGUCAUGGCAAAGGAAAAGAAGACAAAGACGAGAAAGAAAAGAGACUCAGAAACGUCAGAGAAAAACAAUCACGAAAUAGAUGCCAUUCGACAAGUACAGAAAGAAGAUGAGCUGGAGAAAAAGACUGCUGAAGUUACGGAGCUUCACGAGACGAUAGACAAAUUAAAGGCAGAGCUAUCACAGGUGAAGAAGAGAAAUAAACAACUUUGCUUUAUUCUCGGGCAAGGGGAAAUGAAAGACAAAGCUGCAGUUCUACUUCAAGUGGAGGAGCUUGUAACAGAAAAGGAUGAACUCACAGCAGAGGUCGCUGAACUGUAUGCAGCACUGGAGCAAGAGAAAUCCAAAGUUAGCAGCCUGAAAUCGGAGAUACAAAAGCUUCACGAAAAGACUGAUAAGAAAAAAUAGACUAUCCAAACCUCCACGUGUGAACAGCUCUUGCUUUUAAUGUUUUAAUUUGGAGCCUCAACCAGGAGCCAUAAAAGAAGGAUAUGCAUUGAGUGGCAGGAUUAACAGCUUUAUGACAGGCAGCCUUAAAAAAUGGACAUUAUUGCAUGCAAAGAGAUUUUAAUGGAGUUACGUUGUUAUGCUUCCUGUUACUAGCAUUUUCAUUUUGAUUCAUGUGGAAUAGGGAAUGAUGCGCUAGAAAGUAAUGCAUCUUUGAAAACCCGUGGUUACAUGACAUAAGUUAGGGAUUGAUCGUAAGGCUGUUUGUAAUGAUUGAUGCAGGCGCCUGUGCUCUGAAUACAGUCUAGGGGGUGUCUCACAAAGAUUCAAAUUUGACUUAAAGAUACGUACCAAUUGUGUUAACGAUCUGAAAAUGAGUUCAAACAAAAUCCAAUAAAAUGACCACCCAAUUCUUUGUAAGUAUAAAUGAAAAAUAUGUGCCACUUGGCUCUGGAAAAAAAAUGUGAAAUUGCCGAGAAAUAAGCAAAGUGAGCAUGGAAUUCCAAAAUAUGUUGGGUAUUUUUCCAAGCAAUAUCAAUACACUGUCCCACAUAUGCCUUUUUGUGUUAUCAGAAUUAUCGGUU